GCGGUCAAGUGCAUCAACAAGAAGAACCUGGCCAAGUCACAGACGCUGCUGGGGAAGGAGAUCAAGAUUCUCAAGGAGCUGAAACACGAGAACAUCGUAGCCCUGUACGACUUCCAGGAAAUGGCCAGUUCUGUCUACCUGGUCAUGGAGUACUGUAAUGGCGGGGACCUGGCUGACUACCUGCACACCAUGCGCACCCUUAGCGAGGACACCAUCCGGCUGUUCCUGCGGCAGAUCGCGGGUGCCCUGCAGCUCCUGCACAGCAAGGGCGUCAUCCACCGCGACCUCAAGCCGCAGAACAUCCUGCUGUCCAACCCCGGCGGCCGCCGCGCCAACCCUAAUAACAUCCGCAUCAAGAUUGCUGACUUCGGGUUCGCGCGUUACCUGCAGAGUAAUAUGAUGGCGGCCACGCUGUGCGGCUCCCCUAUGUACAUGGCCCCAGAGGUCAUCAUGUCCCAGCACUACGAUGGCAAGGCGGACCUGUGGAGCAUCGGCACCAUCGUGUACCAGUGCCUGACGGGGAAGGCACCCUUCCAGGCCAGCAGCCCGCAGGACCUGCGCCUCUUCUAUGAGAAGAACAAGACGCUGAUCCCCGCCAUCCCCCGGGAGACUUCACCUCACCUGAGACACCUGCUCCUGGCGCUGCUGCAGCGUAACCACCGGGACCGCAUGGACUUCGACGAGUUUUUCCAUCACCCGUUCCUCGACGCCAACUCCUCCAUUAAGAAGUCGCCCCCGGUGCCCGUGCCCUCGUACCCCAGCUCUGGCUCCAGCUCCUCCAGCAGCUCCACCUCACACCUGGCCUCGCCCCCUUCCCUGGGGGACAUGCAGCAGCUGCAGAAGACGCUGACCUCACCAGCCACUGCCGCUGCCGCCUUCCUGCAAGGCUCCAGGGACUCAGGUGGCAGCAGCAAGGACUCCUCAUGUGACACCGAUGACUUCGUCAUGGUUCCAGCCCAGUUCCCAGGUGACCUGGGAGCUGAGGCAGCUGGAGCCAAACCCCCCCCAGACAGCCUGCUGUGCAGUGGGAGUUCCCUAGUGGCCUCUGUUGGCCUGGAGAGCCAUGGCCGGACCCCGUCCCCACCUUACAGUGGCUCACCCAGCCCCUCAGGCCGGGCCGGGCCCUCUGUCAGCAGGUACGGCGUGUCCGUCCCCAUCCCGGUGCCUACACAGGUGCACAAUUACCAGCGCAUUGAACAGAAUCUGCAGUCCCCGGGCCAGUACGGGCCCUCCCGGUCCGCUGCCGUCCGCAGGUCAGGCAGCACCAGCCCCCGAGGCUUUGCCAGGGCCAGCCCCUCGCCCCCGUCCCAUGCAGAACACGGCACCCUGGCCAGGAAGUUUCCCCUGGGCGGGGCUCGCCCUUACACGCCUUCGCCCCAAGUGGGAACCAUCCCCGAGAGGCCAGGCCUGAGCGGAGGGCCUUCCCCACAAGGAGCUGAGAUGAGGGGUGGCAAGUUCCCUCGGCCAGGCUCCUCUGCACCCGAACACUCUCCCCGCACCACCGGCCUGGGCUGCCGCCUGCACAGCGCCCCCAACCUCUCUGACCUGCACGUCGUGCGCCCCAAGCUACCUAAGCCCCCCACGGACCCUCUGGGCACUGCCUUUGGCCCCCAGCAGGCCAGCCCCCCGCUGCCAGCCUGCCGUCCCCUGCGUGGUUCACCCAAGUUCUCUGACUUCCUGCAGCGCAGCCCCCUGCCCCCCAUCCUGGGCUCCCCCACCAAGGGCGGCCCUUCCUUUGACUUCCCGAAGACUCCCAGCUCUCAGAACCUGCUGGCCCUCUUGGCCCGGCAGGGCAUGAUGGUGGCGCCCCCCCGGAACCGCACGCUCCCUGACCUCACGGAGGGGGGCCCCUUCCCAGCACAACCGUUGGGUCCUGGACUCCGGCCCCCCGAGGAGGCCAAGGGCCCAUUUGGCAGGUCUCUGAGUACCGGCCGCCUCACUGACCUGCUCCUUAAGGCGGCCUUUGGCGCCCAGGCUCCAGACUCAGGCAGCACCGACAGCCUGCAGGAGAAGCCCAUGGAGAUUGCACCCUCUGCUGGCCUUGGAGGGAACCUGCACCCUGGGUCCCGAGCAGGGGGUGCCAGCAGCCCUUCCCCUGUGGUGUUCACCGUGGGGUCGCCCCCCAGCGGGACCACACCGCCUCAGGGCCAGGGCCCCCGAACCCGCAUGUUCUCAGUGGGCUCCUCAAGCUCCCUCAGCUCCGUUGGCUCCUGCUCUGGGCGCCACCUGCUGCCCGGGACUUGUAGCGAGGGCACCGCUGCUGAGCCCUCCUCCCUGGGACGCGGCUGCAGCUUUGCCGACCCCAUCACUGCCAACCUAGAAGGGGUCGUGACCUUUGAGGCCCCUGACCUGCCGGAGGAGACUCUCAUGGAGCAAGAACACACGGAGAUGCUGCACAGCCUGCGCUUCACGCUGACCUUCGUCCAACACGUGCUGGAGAUUGCCGCCUUCAAGGGCAGUGCCGGCGAGGCCGGUGGCCCCGAGUCCCCACUGCAGGAGAGCCUGGUGGCCGACCAGAUCAGCCUGCUGAGCCGAGAGUGGAGCUUUGCGGAACAGCUGGUGCUAUACCUUAAGGUGGCCGAGCUGCUCUCGGCAGGGCUGCAGACGGCCAUUGAGCAGAUCCGAGCUGGCAAGCUCUGCCUCUCGUCCACCGUGAAGCAGGUCGUGCGGAAACUGAACGAGCUGUACAAGUUGAGCGUGGUGUCCUGCCAGAGCCUGAGCCUGCGGCUGCAGCGGUUCUUCCUGGACAAGCAGCGGCUCAUGGACCGCGUGCACAGCAUCACGGCCGAGAAGCUCAUCCUCAGCCACGCUGUGCAGACGGUGCAGUCGGCGGCGCUGGAUGAGAUGUUUCACCACCGAGAGGACUGUGUGCAGCGAUACCACAAGGCUCUGCUGCUCAUGGAGGGGCUGCAGCAGAUGCUCAGUGACCAGGCUGACGUGGAGAACAUUGCCAAGUGCAAGCUGUGCAUUGAGCGGAGACUCUCUGCCCUGUUGACCGGCCUCUGUGCCUGACCCCGGCCCCGCACUGUGGGCGGGACACUGGCCUGCAGACUCCACUACAGGGGACCCGGUGGAGGGGCCUGAACACGUGUGCGGGGCUGCCUGCCCUGCUGGUCAUCUCGGGCCUCGUUGUGGACUGCAGGACACCAGGGAAGGCCACUUGGACCUUCUGGCGAUGGUGCUCAGUUGAGACUUGUGCAGCGAACGCUCAGAAUCUCAGAGCUUCCCCCGCUGCCACAGUUGGCACGGGCGUGUCCUUCCACGCAUCUGGACCGACCAGGACCCAGGGUGGGUCUGACUGUCCACAGACAGUCAAAGCCAAAGCUGCUGCCCUGGGCCCCUGGCCGACCUCCUGGCUCCAUUCCUCUCUGGGACCCCAUGCCCACCCACCAGCGUUGUAACCCACGAGCACUUUAUGCAGUAGAGGCUGGGGUAGGACUGCCAGGGCCGGCUCCUAUUCCUGGUGUUGCACUACAGGUGUGUACAUAGUCAUAUACAUACGUACAUAUAUAAAUAGUCCACGAGUGUGCCCCCGGGCCGUCAGGGGCCAGGUUCUCAGCCCCCCUCACACUUUAGUCUGAAGCACGUUUUGUUUCUCCUGUUACUUGUUUCUAGUUCUUUAACAAGAAAACCGAUAGGUGUUGAGGGACAUUUGGCAGAGGGAGGACAGGUGUAAGGGGCAGGAGAGGUGGAGGGCCCAGGGGAGGCUCCUGUCUCAACCACAGCAACUGUUGGUGGCCCACUCACCUCCAUGUCCCGUUGACUGUGGUGUAAAAAGUGUGUAUAUUUCUGUAUGUGUACAUAUAUACACAGCUAUUUUUUCUCAAUACUUGAAACGUUGCCGCUGUGCUGGGAGGAGGAGCACCCAGCUGCCCACGGAGUGUUUACAGAGGACACCUGAUGAUCGUGUAUUUCUAACAGCCAACCAGGCUGUCCAUCCUGGUCCCUCCACAGAUUGUGGUUUUUAAACCCGUUGGCUUUCAAUUGUGUCAUACCUGUAACCAGAAUAAACCUUUGAAAUUGUU